GCGAAACCCGGAGGAAGCUCUGUGCCUGGAAAGGACCCGCCGCCAUCUCAGGUCUCGGCCUCGCCGGGCCCACUAGAGAGAGCUGACGCCCAGUCCUAUAAUCCUUAUGGGGGACCAACCUUGUGCCUCCGGGAGAUCCACACUCCCACCUGGAAAUACCCGGGAAACCAGGCCUCCAAAAAAACGCUGCCUCCUAGCUCCACGGUGGGAUUAUCCAGAAGGAACCCCCAACGGAGGUAGUAACCCUCUUCCCUCCGCACCUUCUCCUGCAUCACCGGGCCUGAAAUCGCACCCUCCUCCUCCGGAGAAGUAGUAGAAUAUACUUCUCCCACCCCAAACCAGUCUUUGAGGGAUUGCAGAACGAAUCCAUUUCCUUGGUGCAUUCAUAAAAUGGUUCAUCUAGUGAAGACAAUGAAGAUUAUUGACGCUGCUGCCCUGCUUUUUCUGAUGUCCUGCACCAGCUUUUCUUACUGUACCAGCUAGGAUCUUCACUACAAUGAGAAACAGUAACAGUGAUAGAGGAUUUUCUUCUCUUGCUUUUGAAUUUACAAGGGAAUUAUACAAAUGUUUCACGAUUUUUAGAUUUGCUUCUUCAGGAUAAGGAAGUUCAUUUCUAGGAUUAGUAUGCUGAGACAUUUUAAUUAUGAAGGAAUAUGGAGUUUUUCUCAAUUAAUUUGAGAGUGUGACCAUGUGAUAAAUUACAGUAAUCAAUUUCUAAUGUAUUUUCUGAUUUUGGUUUCAUCACCCUCACCAUUGAAUAUGUUGUUUUUUAAAAUUUUUGUUUUAAUCUUUGUUAUUUUCUUUACUUGCUUUAUGUUUGCUCUUUUUCUAAUUUUUCUUCUGGAC